CUGGGGCCGAGGUUACGGGGUAGAGGCCAACGGGGGGCGGGCAGGGCCCUUGGGACCCCCUUGGGGACCCCUUAAGCCACGUGGAGACCUCCUAGGCUGCACUGGGGACCCUUUGGACACCCUUGAGGACCCCCCAGACCACCCUGGGGAUUUCUGGGGAUCCCGUAGGCCACACUGAGGACUCUUUGCAACCCCUUGAGGGUCUCUUAGGCCGCUUUGGGACCCCCUUAGGCCCCUCUGGGGACCUCUCAGGCCACCCUGGGGACCCCUGGGGACAUUUGGGCCCCUGUAGGCCACCUUGGAAACCAUUGCGACCACUUAGGCCACCUUAGGGGCCUUUGGGGACCCUUGAGGACCCCUAGUGACCCCCACUGACCGGCACCACCUUCCCCCCACAGGCCAUGAGUGCCCACCCAGCGGACGCCACACAGCCCGAGGAGCCCCCGCUACCCCCUGAGCCCCUUCCCAUGCAUGUCAGGGGGAUCAGCGCGGAGCAGCGGUACGCCCAGGAGGAGUGGGAGGCGGUGGAGGAUAUCCAGUCAGUGCUGCUGGGGAGGUCAGCUGGUCCUGUGCCCCUCAUAUCCUUCAACGAAGCGCUGCAGUUCUUCCAGACCACAGACCUCUCUGAGUGCAGGGGGACCGGUGCACCCUCAUUUCUUUGCCUGUUCUCCUCUCCACAGAAGAAGAUCCAAGCAACAGUGCGCAGGCAGGGCCUGGCUGCUCUGCUUCACUUCCUCUUCGGGCCCCCCCGGCUCCAGCAGCAGCUGCAGGGUGAGCGGGACCUGGCUCUCGCCAUUGCUCAGUGUGGCUUGGAUGACAACCAAGCAGUGCACAUGAGAAUCCUGCAGACCAUCUACAAGAAGCUGACCUGCUCCCGCCUGGGAUGCCCACGCUAUGGUGCGCACUGGGAGGAGCUUGGCUUUCAAGGUGCAGAUCCAGGGACCGACCUGCGAGGGACGGGGAUGCUGGGCUUGAUGCAAAUGCUGUACUUCGUAAUGGACUCACAGAUGCUGCCUCUAGCUCUAGAGAUUUUCAGGCUCUCCCAGCAUGAGACACAGAAUUUCCCUUUCUCCAUCAUGUCCGUGAACAUCACCCGCCUCGUGCUGCAGGCCCUGAGGGAGGAGUGUCUCUCCAGAGAGUGCAACCGCAGGCAGCAAGUCAUUGCCGUGCUGAACGACCUGUACGCGGCGGCGUUCCUGCAGCUCUACCGGGUCUGGAAGUCGCAGCACAAGACCAUCGCUGACUCUGGCUUUCUCCUGAAGGAGUUGGAGUUCUCCACCAAAAAGAAACCGAAGCAGCUCCUGAAAUCCUUGGAGACCUACGUGAGCAGAAGCCCGGUGUCCGCAGCAGACGGCAUCCAGCGGCCGUCCCCUCCGUCCAUCAGCAGCAGCCAGGCUGGUGAAGAGAUAAACUUCACGGGCAUUUGUGACCUACAGGUUGAGCUGGAGGGAGAGGCACGGCUGAUCUGAAAUCAGCUCCUGAGGGGCUCAGCGCCGCGUGGGUUUGCAGCACGCGAUGGCGCUGGGAGGAGAGCUGGAGACCCGGGCAUUCAGCAGGGCGCUGCAGAGGGCACAUUUUGCAGGCAGGGUGGCUGUGUCCUUCCCUGCCUCCCCUAGCAUCCUGGCUGCAGUUUGCUGGCGUCGCUCGGAGCUGCAGGCACAAACCGCAGCCUUCGACCCUUUCCACGUAGAGGUAGUCAGGCUGAUGGGUCAGACCCGGUGUUCGCUGGAGCAUUUUCCAGCCUAGAUGGGUCUGUCAUUUGAAAUCUGUUGGCGUAGGAGGAAAAAAACCAGCUGGGUUUUGUUAGCCACCAGCCUUGGGCUGGGCUCCACACCUGCCCUGCUGUCUCAGAUGUGCGGCGCUGCCCGUCCUUACCCCAGUGGAGGGACUGGGGCUGCUCUGGGCCGAGCAGGCUGGAAGUGCAGGUGGGAAGCCACAGGUGGGAGGGAGCUCUCCCUGCUGCAGGGCUCAGUGCUCCGGAGCACGUGGAGAGGUGUGAAACAUGAAGCUUUGGGUUAGAGCUCCUUAUUGUCCUGUGGUGCUGGUAGUGCCAGCACAGACCCAUGGCUGCGGUUGGGGUGGGCAGCAGCUCCUCUUCUGGGGAGCCCUCCUUGCCCCCUCCCCCCCCAGGGUGUGACUGUGCAUGGAUGUACCAAAAUAAGCUGUUAAAAGGGAAAAAACACUC